GAUGAAGAUGAUGAUGAUGCAGCAUUCAUCACUGCUGCAAUGCAAAAGCAAAACAAAAAAGGUGGAACUGAUGUUUUGAAGAAAACCGUUGGAAAGCGUGAUAAAGGCAAAAAUAAAACAGCAAGUGGAUUAUUGAGCGGAGGUGGAAGUUUUCAAAGUAUGGGUCUUCAUCCUUCUCUACUUCGAUCGUUGUUAUUGAGAGGAUUUACCACACCAACACCUAUUCAAAGACAGACUAUUCCAGCCAUCCUGGAACAGCCACCACGUGAUGUCGUCGGAAUGGCAAGAACAGGUUCAGGUAAAACAUUGGCAUACCUCGUACCUCUAAUUCAACGUUUGAAUGGUCGACAUUCUUCCACUGUCGGUGUCAAGUCAAUCAUCUUGUGCCCCUCUCGUGAGCUUGCUUUGCAAAUCCUCAGAGUCGGAAAGGAAAUCGCUCGAGGAUGGAAAGCGGACGAAGGCGGUGAAGCUAUUCGUUGGGGCCUGAUUGUUGGUGGGGAGGGAUUGGACGAACAAUUCGCACUUAUGGCUACCAAUCCGGAUGUGAUCAUCGCUACUCCUGGUAGAUUGUUACACUUGGCUGUUGAAAUGAACUUGGACCUGAAGAGUACAAAUUAUGUGGUUUUUGAUGAAGCAGAUCGUCUGUUCGAGAUGGGAUUCGCAUCGCAAUUAGAGGAAAUCCUGCUACGUUUACCGGACACUCGACAAACUCUUCUCUUUAGUGCUACAUUACCCAAGACAUUGGUCGAAUUUGCCAGAGCCGGCUUACAAAGUAACCCAAAGUUGGUCAGAUUGGAUGCAGAUAGCAAGAUCAGCGAAGAUUUGCGAAUGGCAUUCCUAAGUAUCAAGCCUGCAGAAAAAGAAGCUGCUCUUUUGCUCUUACUUCGAGAUAUCAUUGGAGUUCCGCAAGGAGAACAACGACGUAAGGAUGGUCGCGACAAUGGCUGGCAGACCGAUAGAUCUCAAGACAAAAAACGCAAAAGAAGUCAAUACGGAAACAGUUCUGCCCUGAGUGGUGCUGAUGACCUCUUGCCCUAUCAGACGAUCAUUUUUGCCGCCACAAAGCAUCACGUCGAAUACCUUCUCUUGCUCUUGACCACUGCAGGAUACUCAUGCAGUCAUAUCUAUUCUUCUUUGGAUCAAGCUGCCCGUGGAUUGGAGAUGAAGAGAUUCCGUGAUGGUGAAUCAAGUCUUUUGAUUGUUACUGAUGUAGCAGCACGUGGUAUCGAUUUGCCUGUGUUGGAACAUGUGAUCAAUUACGACUUUCCAAGCAGUCCAAGAGUAUUUGUUCAUCGUGUCGGUCGUACCGCUCGUGCGGGAAAGAGAGGAUUUGCAUGGAAUCUGGUCCAUCAUUCAGAAUUGCCUUAUUUGUGCGAUCUACAAUUGUUUUUGGCCCGUCCUUUGGUCGCUGCGAAAAGCUUUACGGCAAGUAUUGCAAAUAUGAAUGCUGAUGAUGCAAUGGACCUUCAUACACAGCUCGUGCUCGGUACACUACCCCGUGAUGCGUUGGACAACGAGAUCGAAUACAUCAACGAAAGCUUAACGAACAGUAGCUCUUCUGCUGCAGUCGCAAUUCCAGCUUUGAAGAAAGUUGUUCAACGUGCUCAUCAGAUGUAUACCAGAAGUCAAACAAAAGCAAGUCAAGAGAGUUACAGAAGAGCUAAAGAGAUGGUAAAAGCAGGUGAUGGAGAUCAUUGGGCUUUGGCCGGUAGUGUAGCGGAAGAGAGUAGCGUACAUGAUGUGAUCAAAAGACCUAAAGCGUAUGGACUCGGUAGAAUCUCAAGCGAUGAAGCUGAUGUAAAGGCGGUCGAGGAAGAGAAGCAAGCGUCUGUAGAACGUGCAGCCCUUCUGGCAAAGAUCAAUGGCUUCCGACCUUCAGAGACUGUGUUUGAGGUAGGAAGCAGAGGAGCAACGCCGAAUGCUUUAUUGAUGAAGGAUCGCCGACGAGUACUUGACGGUAAGAGAAGGCGCGCUGAUGUGAUCGAAGCUGCUAAAAAGGAAGCAGGAGAAGAGUUUGUUCCCACGCAAGAUGCAAAGAUAGCGAGCAAGGAUGAUUUGACAAAUGAUGCAGAUCUUCAAUCAGCUGACGAAGAAGACAUCCUGCAAACAUUCGAUGUCUCAGCGCCUGCAAAACGUGGAAAGUCAGGUAAUUUCCGUGAUGAAAGUGUAUACAUGGACUACGAACAACGUGAUGCACGAACGGAAAAAGGUUAUUCAUUAAACACAGGUGAUUCCUUCGUUGAGCAAGCAAAAAGAGCUACUUUCAACUUGGCCGGAGAUGAUGAAUCUCGAUUAGGCACUCAAUCGCAAAUCCCCAAUGCAGCAAGAUGGGAUACAAAGAAGAAAAAGUUCAUUCAAGGAAACGGAGUUGGAGCAGAUAACAAGAAAAUGAUCAAAACUGAAUCGGGUAAAAUGUUACCUGCAAGUUUCCGAAGUGGUAGAUUCGAUGAAUGGUCUAAAGAACAACGAAUGGAAAUGCAAAGAGUUGGCGGUGAAGGAGAAGGCAGAGAUGGCUCAAGCGGCGGAAGGAAAUUUAUGCAUCACUCCAACAAACCUAUGCGAAAACCUGAUCGAUUCCAAGAUGAUUAUAAGCAAAAGAUGAACAAGUUCAAAGCUCGUACGGCAAAGAGUGAAUUGAAAAGUGCUAUGCAGAUUCACAAAGAUCGCACUUUGGCAAACAAGCGUAAGGAGAAGAAUGCAAGACCAUCUCAACGGGGAAGAGGUAGACGUUGA